UAUAUAUAUUGCAUCUCUGUAUGGGACUGGGUUCACUAUAUGCUUUGAAAUAACAAUUUGAGGGAUCGAGUUCUGGAAAACUCGGCCAGAGAUCACUUUGGCCAAACACUAAUUCAAAGGACACUUCGCACACGAUCCCCACGAGAUCCGUUUGUUGGUUAAUUCUUUGAGUACGGGAAACUGUGAAAUCAUCGCAAACAACAACAAUCAAUGGAGGUAGUAAUUGCUCUUAUUCCGGUGUUAACGGAGGAACUAAUAAAGGCUGCAAGAACAGAAAGUGAAUUUGGGAGUCAGUUAAUUCAGUUAGAAAAUAAACUAAAACAGGCCACUGAAUUACUCGACGAGAAAAAAAGUCUGAAGCAGGAAAAAGGGAUAGUCAAAGAAACUUUGAUUCAAUUAAAGGGACAGGUUUUUGAUGCAAACGACAUACUCACAGAUUGCUUAAUGAAAAAAGAACCCACGCAAAGUUGUUGUUUCAGUUUUGUCCGUGGAAAUGAUCCAUUUUUUUCGCUUCAAGAAUCCAAGAAAUUGAAGGAGAUCAAUUCACAUAUACAACAACACAUCAACACCUUGGGUCAGUACUCUGGACAUUUAGAAAAAUCGAGAAAGUCGGGUUGUAAUGAUGAAGAAGAUUAUGAUCCCCAGCAAGCACUGUCCCUAAAGGACAAGCCAGCUGGUAUUAUUGGAUUAGAAGAAGAUACAAGGAAGCUAAAAAAUUGGAUCGUUAACCCAACAAAGCCAGGAUUUCAAAUCAUUGCCGUGGUGGGCAUGGGGGGUUUGGGGAAAACUACCCUUGUCCAGAAAGUCUUUGAUGAAAUCCCAAAAGAAUGCAGUGUCAUAUGGUUGAAUGUUACCAGGAAUUUCAACAAGCACAGGAUUUUGAAGCUGAUGUUGAAAAAGUUACCAGAUAGAAUACCAAGCAAACUUGAUAGUUGCAAUUUGAUGGAAGAACUUAGAGAAGCACUAAGAAAGGAUGAUAAAGUAAACUACCUAAUUGUGAUGGACGACGUGUGGAGUAUGGACAACAGUUGGUGGCAUGAUUUGAAGUCCAUUUUCACUUUCGAGGAUAAAAAUAUCACCAUCGUAAUUACUAGCAGAGAUAGAGAGGUUGUUGAUAGCAUUGGAGUGGAAAAGGAUCUAAUUCAUCAGCCAAAUCCUCUAAACAAUGAAGACAGUUGGUCGUUAUUCACCGCUUGGGCUUUUACUGAUAAAGGAUCUAAUUCAUCAGCCAAAUCCUCUAAAGUUUUGGAGGAAAUAGGCAAAAAGAUUGCGGAAAAAUGUGGAGGACUUCCACUAUCAAUCAAGACUAUUGGAUCCUUGCUUUCAACAAAGACUAGGGUCAAGACAUGGACAGAGGUGUUGGAGAAGUUUCAUAAGUCUCCAAUCAAAGGGAAUGAUGAAGUUAUCCAGUCUCUUCGAUGGAGCUAUAGUGAGUUGGAUCCUCAUCUUCAGCAAUGUCUUUUGUGCUUGUCUAUUUAUCCUGAAGACUAUGUGAUAAGUGCAGAGCAGUUAAUUCAUUGGUGGGUUGGGGAAGGCUUUCUACAGAAGAAAGCAAUGGAGGACAAGAAAACUGUAUUGGAAUUGGGCUAUGAGUGUCUUUCGAAACUGGCCAGUAGGUGUUUGAUCGAAGUUGUUGAUCGUCGCAGCUACGAUGACAAAGUUUAUUCUUGCAAGAUACAUGAUAUGGUACGUGAGUUGCUUAUAACAAUUGCAGAUGAAGAAGAAGGAUUUUGCUCCUUUAACGAGAAGGGUAUCAUACAGUGGAGACCAGAUUUAUAUUGGUUAGGCCUCACAGAUGAAAUGGAAUUAACUUCAUUCGGAGCAAACUCGAAACUUCGAGCAUUGUUUCUCACUGGAAGUCGUAGAAUCGAUUUCAGUAGAAACUCAGGACAGCUACUUUCUCUCAGGGUCUUGGAUUUAUCUGCUGGCUGCAGUUCUAUAGACGAGAAAAAUGUGAAGAAUCUCUUGGAUUGGAUCAGUACCCUUAAACGCCUUGCUUGCUUGAAUUUAAGUGAACUCAAAGGUUUGAUCCAACUGCCAUCUUCAAUUUGUGAACUUCUGAAUCUAAAACUCCUGGUAUUGAAUGAGUGUACCAAGUUAAAAAGGCUUUCUCCUUCCAUAGCCAAUUUGAGAAGGCUGAUGGUGUUGCAUAUGGGAGGUUGUCCCCUCGAGUACAUACCUGAGGGUUUAAAGAUGUUAUCUGAGCUUCAAGAGCUUACAGGGUUCAGAGUGGUUGGCCAGACAAAACCCAAGGUUUGCGGGCUUCUUGAGCUAAAAAUAUUAACCCAGCUGAGAAUGCUACAUAUUGUUCUAAGCAAUGAUGAGAUUCAAAUCUCAAAUAAUGAUCUAAAAGAUAUCCUUCCGCAGCUCAAGAAUCUCAAGGUUCUUGAUAUUGAUGCUGAUCAAUGCAGAGAUGACAAAGUAUUUAAAAAGAUAAAUUUUCUGUGCCCUCCAGAAAGCCUGAGGGAGCUGUAUCUUAGGAGCUUCCACAGAGCCAGGCUACCCAAUUGGGUUCAUCCUUCAACUCUCAAAGAGUUACAAUAUCUUUGUAUUGAAGAUGCAGACAUCACAGACUUCAUUCCUAAAUUUGAAAAUGACCAAUGCUCAGCUUACAAAUGGGGUGUACUUGAAGGUUUGUGUUUGAAGGAACUGAAGAUGCUGAAAUUGGAUUGGGAGGAUGUGAAGAAGGCCAUGCCUGCACUAAAACACUGGGAGGUUCCUCGUCGUUAUCAAAUCACCAACUACCCUGAUGAUGUUGACCAAAAAGUAUCUGCCAUCCCAAGCUGAAAAGAUUGAAUGAAUCAGUGUGUAUUAUCCACCUUAGGACUACUUGUGUGUGUAUAGUUAGUAAGUGUAGUGUUGUUUAAUUGAGUAAGCUGCUAAUGCUGUGGUGUUCAUUAGAUUAUUAUGAUGAUGUAAUAUAAUAAUAUUGUGGUAUUGUGUGUAAUAAUAAUAUUGUGUUGCGAGUAUUUGGAUGUAAAUUAAAAGUUUACAAUUAUUUUCUUCCCAUGUAGCUAAUUAUCUGUAACACGUGGAUUUCUCAUUACGUUUAUUUUUUUUUUCUUAUAAAAGAAAAUGAUACUAAAA